AUGUCAUCUGCAGGUUGCUUUCAAUGUUCCAAGCGUCGUAUCAUCUGUGACAAUACAGAGCCGACGUGCAGGAAAUGUCAGAAGAAGGGAAUUGAAUGCUCUGGUCCUGGCAGGAUUCGGUUUUCCAAUGGUGUCGCCCAGCGGGGUCGAUUAAAAGGAUGCACUAUUCCAGUGGCGGACCCGUCGCCCGGGCCGGCGCUUGAAGCCCAUACACAAGCUGCAGCGUCGGUGCCAUGUAAAAUCAGGUGGAAAAAUGACCAGCCGGUGAAUACCCCAAGGAAAAAUGCUAAACGUGUAGCAGCAGCAAAUGCGGCUGGUUCAAACACGCGUCAAGCAAUCAAUAUCCCUACUCCGAGCAACGGGGACGCGAUACCUGCAUGUGCUGAAACCUUGGAUCAAAAUGACACCGAUGAUAUCGAUGAACAAAUCAAUCGCCCUUCUGAAAAGGCAUCUGUUCCUGCGGCUGGGACAAUCCACCCGUGGCUUGCCCCUUUGAAUUCUCAGACCCGCAUGUUGAUGUCGCACUUCGCAGAGCAAGUCGCUCCUGUUAUGGUUUUUCUGGAUCAUGUUUCCAAUGGGUAUCGCGAUGUUCUACUGCCCCUAGCAUGCGAAGAUGAACUCGUGCAACGCGCUGUCGGUGUAGUAGCGGCACAGCAUUUGGCCUUGCAUAGCCCUUCCUAUCAAGCAAUUGCCGAUCAUGGCCGGGCUGCAUUGAUAUCUCGAUUGUGCCGAGACUCAACGUCUCCUGAUCGCGUGUUCAACACAUCUACGUGGGCAACUCUGAUUGUUCUGCUCGUUGGGGAGACUAUCACGGGCAGCUCGGAAUAUGGCCACCUUCUGCAGACCUUGAUGUGCUUGUUUCAAAAUGCUGAUCGAAUUGCGCCCUCUUCUGCGUGCAGUUUUCUCAGUCAGCAAACCCACAUGUUUGAAUUUCUCGGUCAACCCCUACUCGGUGAACACCAAGGGGUGAAUGUAUUGAGCUUUCCACUCGAGAAUUACCUCGACUGGACGUAUUACGAUCUCCCUUCAGAUUCUGAACAUCAUCAGGUGCUCCAUCUCUCGAGAAUGGCUUUCAUCAAAGCUUCCCAGAUCUAUCUCGGUCGAGUGACGUCUACUCAAGACCAAUGGCAGCUCUUGGAGAGUCUGAAGCAGUUAGUUUCUCAGAUCGAACCCGAUCAGAUGGGUUCUCAUGCUCUUGUGUGGGUCUGCUUCAUUGCGGCGGCAGACAGUACAGAUCCGGAGCAUCGAAUGUUUUUUGUUGAUAGGAUGAACCGUAUCUUUGCCAAGACAAAGUUCCAGAACAUCUCUGCAGCCGUGCAGGCACUUCCUGCGAUCUGGUCCCAACAAGGCUCGUCGCGAUGGACGAAGAGUCUUUCACGACUGGCCCCUACAUUGAUUAUGUGA